AUGACCACUUCAGAGCCACAAAGUGAAGAUCUUCUCAGCGAGACCAAGCAGCAAAGACAACAACGAUUCCAAAACCAACUAUACCAAGCGGGCUUCAAGGGGAUGUUACAAGGCACAUUGGUUGCUUUAUUGACCGGUUAUGCAUUGUCCUAUAAAUAUAACCACGGAAAAAAUGCAGCAUAUUUCAGAAAUACUUACAAGAUAUGGUGGGUUGUUUGUUGGAACAUUGUUGGGGUGACGUUUGCUACGGAUACAGCAAAGAUGAAUAUUAGCAAACAAGCUGCUAUUGAGGAUGAAAUCAAACGAAGUCGUUACUUCGAAGAUGAGAUGAACUCAGUAAGAAAGAAGUAG